CGCUGCGCAGAGCAGAGAGCCACAGACAGACGGUGCUCCUCCAGCAGCAGCUCCGCGUGCAGCAGCAGCAGCAGCUCCCGGUGUGUGAAAGAUGGUUGGCGGCUUGUGCGCUCGCAGGUUGGCCCGCCGGUCGCGGUCCGCCCUGAUAGCAGCCCUCACGGUGCUGCUGGUCCAGACGCUGAUUGUGUGGAACUUCAGCAGCCUCGACUCCGGCGAAGACCGGGAGAACGGAGGCUCCAGCGUGCGGGAGAAGAGGGACAACAAAGCCGCCGCUGGCAGCGAAUACCUCCAGCAGCACGGAGGGGUCCGGCAGCAGCAGCGGCAGCAUCUUCCUCCGCAGCCGCCUGGGAAGGGGACGUCUCGACACAUACAGCAGCCGGAUGGAUAUUACUCCCACCGACCGAAGGAGAAAAGUAUGGACAGCAACAACGAGAACUCUGUGCCCAAAGACUUUGAGAACAUAGACAAUAGUAACUUUGGUGCACGCUCACAGCCACACGCGGCAGUCUGUAGGGGCCACCAGCACAAGCAUCAGCGGGAGCAUCUGCAGGAGAAGGCCCACGCCCAUCAGCAGACCUGGCGGGACAACUCCCCGAGUCUGAGCCGCGGCUCAAACGUGCUGCCUUUAGGCCACCAGCCGCCGGCUUCGGCAUCAACACACUCCUACACAGUCGGUCAGGGCGUCGCGGAAGUGUCGCGGCAACACAUCCCUGCCUUGCAGGCCCAGCAGGCCCAGUCACAGCACAGACAUCAGCACCCGCACAGGAGGCAGGUGUACUGUAGCGCCUUUGGAGUGACCUACGCGAGCCGCCCAAGGCGGAUCAGCGGCAAGGAAGCCAUUUCGGCUCUAUCCAGAGCCAAGGGCAAGGAGUGCCGGCAACAGAUCGCUGAGGUGUACUGCAGACACAAGGAAGGGCAGUUAAUGCCUGAGAAGGUCACUCGCUACUGCCCCCCUUCGAGGGUGAGUCCAUUAUUCCAAUUGUUAAAUGUCCAGUGGGAUGAGGACUCUGCUGAGAGCUUUCCAUCAAAACCAGUCCGAAUAGCGUUUGUCCUCGUGGUCCAUGGACGAGCCUCUCGCCAGUUUCAACGCCUCUUCAAAGCCAUCUACCACACCUCGCACUACUACUACAUACACGUCGAUCAGCGGUCUAACUACCUGCACAGGCAGGUGCACGCCUUGGCUGCCCAGUAUCCGAAUGUGAGGGUGACACCCUGGCGCAUGGCCACCAUCUGGGGCGGCGCCAGUCUGUUGACCAUGUAUCUUCGCAGCAUGGCUGACCUGCUGGCCAUGAGGGACUGGAGCUGGGAUUUCUUCAUCAACCUCAGUGCUGCCGACUACCCCAUCAGGACCAACAACCAGCUGGUGGGCUUCCUGUCCAAAUACAGAGACAUGAACUUCAUCAAGUCACAUGGCCGGGACAACGCCAGGUUUAUCCGUAAGCAGGGUCUGGAUCGUCUGUUCCUCGAGUGCGACACCCACAUGUGGAGGCUGGGCGACCGAAAAAUCCCAGAAGGCAUCUCGGUGGACGGCGGGUCCGACUGGUUCCUCCUCAACCGCAUGUUCAUCGAAUAUGUUAUCAACUCCAAGGACGACUUGGUCACCAACAUGAAGCGUUUCUACGCCUACACUCUGCUGCCUGCCGAGUCGUUCUUCCACACGGUGCUGGAGAACAGCGCCCACUGUGAGAGCAUGGUGGAUAACAACCUGCGCAUCACCAACUGGAACCGCAAACUGGGCUGCAAGUGCCAGUACAAGCACAUCGUCGACUGGUGUGGCUGCUCCCCUAAUGACUUCAAGCCUGCAGACUUCCACCGCUUCCAGCAAACGGUGCGGCCCACCUUCUUUGCCAGGAAGUUUGAAGCCAGCGUGAACCAGGAGAUAGUGAACCAGCUGGAUGCCUACCUGUUUGGACCGCUUCCCCAGGGAACGCCGGGCCUAAACUCGUACUGGGAGAGCGUGUACGACGAGCCAGACGGCGUGUCCAGUCUGUCGGACACGCAGCUCACGUACUUCCACUCCUUCACGCGGCUGGGCCUGGCCAGAGCUGCCGCCUCGCUGCAGGGAAACCCACAGGAUCACAGCUGCAGGUACUUCCCCAUGGGCCACCCGGUGUCGGUGCAUCUCUACUUCCAGUCGGAGCAGUUCCAGGGCUACCUGGUCAAGCACCACGCCACCAAUCUGGCAACGAGCAAGCUGGAGACCAUGGAGACCUGGGUGGCACCCAAGAAGAACUUCAAGCUGACCGCUCCUCCCAGCAGCACAUUCAGCAGGUUGCAGUUCGCAGAGAUCGGCACUGAGUGGGACGCCAAAGAGCGCAUGUUCAGAAACUUCGGCGGCAUGAUGGGCCCGAUGGACGAGACGGUGGGCAUGCAGAAGUGGAGCAAGGGUCCCAACGUCACCGUCACGGUCGUGUGGAUUGACCCCACCAACGUCAUCGCGGCCACCUACGACAUCCUGAUCGACGCCAGCGCCGAGUACACCCACUACCGCCCGCCGCUCAACCAGCCUCUGCGGCCCGGCGUGUGGAGCAUCCGCAUCCUGCACCACUGGAGCCCAGUGGCUGAGUUGCGCUUCCUCAUCGCCCCGUUGGCCUUUAACAAGCGCCAGCCCAUACGACAAGAGGAUACCCUGAAGCUCCACAACGGGCCGGCGAAGAACAGCUACAUGGAGCAGAGUUUCCACGGCCUCAACCCGGUGCUCAAUAUCCCAGUCAGCCUGGGCUACGUGGAGCAGGCCAAAAGGAACGCGGCCCUGACCGGCCCGGAGCUCGAGCGUUGGUCAGACAGCCUGGUGGGCGAGUUGUGGGAGGCGGCCGACAUCUGCGCCGUGGGCCCCACCGCCUGCCCGGUCAUGCAGGCCUGCCCCAAGAACCCUUGGAGCUCCCUGAGCCCAGACCCCAAAUCCCACCUGGGAACACCGCGCGCAGACGGGCGCAUCAGGUAGCAGCGAGGCCUCCAGCUGGACGGGAGGCCGCGGCACAGGAGAUUCACUGUUGAUUUUUAUUUAUUUAAGGGGUUUGCUGCAGGUAGGGGAAGUAAAAGUGUUCUUCCUCUGUCUCGGGAGGAGAAGAAAAGAAAAGAAAAAGUGGAUUUUUUCAGGAGGUUGGUGAGGGUGUCUGGACAGAAAGCGAGGAGAAUGAUUUUCAGAUCCUCCCACGGGGUUCCUCCUUUUAGGGGAUUAUGCUGGCUUUGCUAUUUCAGUUUCUCAGUGUAUUUAUUUCUCUUCUCAUGGCUGAGUUUUACUGUGAUCAAACGUUGCAAUUUUCGAGCAUUUAUUUUGCUGCUGAAUGAAUUAUGAAGUCAGCUUUUAAAGCCCCGCACGGGGCACUGCGGUCAUGUGACACUGGUAGCAGACGAAGCUCUGCUGCAAAAAAGGCCUUAGCUGUAAGACAUAUGCGAGGAGGUAGCCUGGUACUGAAUUAAACGUGCCUCCUUAAGUGUUUGUGAACAUAAACUAAAUAAGAAGAUAUCUGAGUGGUCAGAUGUACCCAAACAGUCGGAGGGAAAAAAGGAUAUUUUGAUACGACUCAAAUGCAGCACCAUUAAAAGCGAACUCCCCGUUUAUGGAGAAACUUUGAACAACAAAUAUUUUAGCAUUGAUAAAGCCAAUUACUUCAAAACUUGAGUUUCUGAUAGUUCAGUGACUCAGUUUGUCAAUCAGUAGAACAAAUCAGUAACAGCAGCACAACUUCUCUCAGUUCAGUGCCUGAUCAGGAUGGGGAACUGUUGUGGCCGAGCAGCCGAUUAGACCGUCGUCAGGCUGUUAAAUGGACGUUAUCAGAUAAGCCCCAUAGAUGUGGGUCAAUAGGGGCCUACUACACCCAUUAGUAGUUUUUAUCAUCCAUUCACAUGGUAGAUCACCAAAAGAAGGUUUAAAAGAACACGACAGCGACCUCUAGCGA